CUGCGGGGGUCGGAUAGGAGAUGGAUAAGGAUGAGAUCCACCUGCGCAGGCUGCCGGCCGCAGCGCCCUGGGGACCACACGCAGACAGUGAGUUUCAUGGGGUGGAUUUUCUGCCAGAAGAUCUCAACGAGGCUCCGGAGGAGACAGGAAUGAGGGUGAACAAGAAAUACUCCUGUCUACCUGCUGAGGAGAAGGGGAUCCACAUUAUCAACAUCCGAGCUAUUGAGGAUAUAGGAUAUGACCAGCAUGAGAGUACAUUAUUAAAUUCCCUAUCCACAAAUCCAGAUGCUGACUGCAAAUACGGACUCUACUUCAGAGAUGGCAAGAGAAAAGUAGACUACAUCCUAGUUUAUCAUUACAAGAAGUCCUCAGCAGGGAGGACACUCGCCAGGAGAGUUCAUCACAAUGAUUCAAGUGCCCGAAGCACCAAGCAGGACCAGCCGCUUCCCGGGAAAGGAGUGCAGCUGGAAAUGGGGGAAGGCGAACCUCACAUGGAUUACCACGAAGACGACAAGAGGUUUCGCAGGGAGGAGUACGAAGGGAACCUUGUGGAGGCUGGUCUGGAACUGGAACGCGAUGAGGAUACUAAAAUCCAUGGGGUUGGAUUUGUAAAAAUACACGCACCGUGGCACGUAUUGUGUCGAGAGGCAGAAUUUCUUAAGCUCAAGAUGCCCACAAAAAAGAUGUAUCAGAUCAAUCAGACCCAUGGACUUCUGAAAAAGAUUAACUCUGUAAUUCAAAAAAUAACAGAGCCCAUCCAGCCAAAAGUAGCAGAACACAAACCCCAGACGGUGAAGCGCCUCUCCUACCCCUUCUCCAGAGAGAAACAGCACCUAUUUGAUUUGUCUGACAGAGAUUCCUUCUUUGACAGCAAAACGAGAAGCACUAUAGUUUAUGAAAUAUUGAAAAGAACGACAUGUACCAAAGCAAAAUAUAGCAUGGGGAUCACCAGUCUGCUUGCCAAUGGAGUUUACAGUGCUGCAUAUCCUUUGCAUGAUGGUGACUAUGAAGGUGAAAACGUUGAACCUAAUGACAGAAAACUCCUGUGUGAGGAGUGGGCGAGCUACGGAGUCUUUUAUAAAUAUCAGCCCAUUGACCUGGUGAGAAAAUACUUCGGAGAGAAGAUUGGACUAUAUUUUGCCUGGCUGGGAGUUUAUACACAGAUGCUUAUUCCAGCUUCAAUUGUAGGGAUUAUCGUUUUCCUAUAUGGCUGUGCAACUGUGGAUGAGAAUAUACCAAGCAUGGAAAUGUGUGACCAGAGAAACAAUAUCACCAUGUGUCCCUUAUGUGACAGAACAUGCAGUUACUGGAAGAUGAGCUCUGCUUGUGCGACUGCUCGUGCAAGUCAUCUGUUCGAUAACCCUGCGACUGUCUUCUUCUCAGUCUUCAUGGCUCUCUGGGCUGCCACCUUUAUGGAACACUGGAAGAGAAAACAGAUGCGUCUCAACUACAGGUGGGACCUGACUGGGUUUGAAGAGGAGGAGGAUCAUCCGAGAGCAGAAUAUGAAGCUAAAGUUUUAGAAAAAUCACUGAGAAAAGAACACAAACAUAAAGAGACAGAUAAAGAAAAGCUGACAUGGAAGGAUCGUUUUCCAGCCUAUUUAACCAAUUUUGUUGGCAUUAUCUUCAUGGUUGGGCUGACGUUCGCUAUAGUGUUUGGAGUCAUCAUAUACAGGAUCUCGACUGCAGCGGCGCUGGCAAUCAGUUCAACUCCCUCGGGCCGCUCAAGCGUUAGGGUCACCGUCACUGCCACCGCAGUCAUUAUCAAUUUGGUCGUCAUCAUCAUCCUGGAUGAAGUAUACGGCUGCAUCGCAAGGUGGCUAACUCAGAUCGAGGUGCCAAAAACUGACAAGAAUUUCGAAGAGUACGUCGCUUUCUUCAAGGGCCGAUUUGUUGGACGUCCAGGAGACUAUGUCUACAUUUUCCAUUCUUUCCGAAUGGAAGAGUGUGCUCCAGGCGGCUGCCUAAUGGAGUUGUGUAUCCAGCUCAGUAUCAUCAUGUUGGGCAAGCAGCUGAUUCAGAACAAUUUAUUUGAGAUUGGCAUCCCAAAAAUGAAGAAAUUUAUACGAUACAUGAAAUUAAAGCAACGGCGUUCUUUAGACCAUGAAGAGCACAUGAAAAAAAAGCAGCGUUAUGAAAUGGACUAUAACCUGGAGCCUUUCGCUGGCCUUACCCCUGAAUAUAUGGAAAUGAUUAUUCAGUUUGGAUUUGUAACUUUGUUUGUUGCAUCGUUCCCGCUUGCGCCUUUGUUUGCUUUGUUGAACAACAUCAUUGAAAUCCGUCUAGAUGCAAAAAAAUUUGUUACUGAGCUGAGGAGACCGGUAGCAGUCAGAGCAAAGGAUAUAGGAAUCUGGUACAAUAUCCUCAGAGGUAUUGGAAAGCUUGCUGUCAUCAUAAAUGCAUUUGUGAUCUCAUUCACAUCCGACUUCAUUCCACGCCUCGUGUACCUGUAUAUGUACAGUGAGAAUGGCACCAUGCAUGGCUUCGUGAACCAUACACUAUCCUCUUUUAAUGUCAGCGAUUUUCAAGCAGGAACAGCUCCAAACGACCCCAUGGAUCUUGGCUACGAGGUUCAGAUAUGCAGAUACAAAGAUUAUCGAGAACCCCCCUGGUCCGAAAACAAGUAUGACAUUUCAAAGGAUUUCUGGGCUGUCCUAGCAGCAAGAUUAGCAUUUGUGAUAGUUUUCCAGAACUUGGUCAUGUUUAUGAGUGACUUUGUUGACUGGAUUAUCCCAGACAUUCCCAAGGACAUUAGUCAGCAGAUUCAUAAAGAGAAAGUUCUCAUGGUGGAGGUCUUCAUGAGAGAAGAGCAAGGGAAGCUGCAAAUGCUGGAAACCUGGAAAGACAAGGACAAGAAAAAAGGUGAAAACUGUAACAAUCACAGCCCCAGACUCUCCAGGAGCCACAGUGGGAGCUUGUCCUCCUGCCAUUCGUACCCUCUUGAUGUAUAGAAGAGGAGGGAGUUGGGUAUGUCGGGGCAUUCCACUGAUACGCAAGCCAUCGCGUAAAGGGCAGGACUCGAUUAAUGGACAACCUGGUGCGUGUUGAAGGAUGUGCUGCCAUUUUGCUCCCAUCUUUGUGAGAAACGCCCUUCUUACAAAUAUGGAGGACCACGUUCUAUUUCUGAUAAUGUGUUUUUUUUUCUUUUGCACAAGCAGUAAUGCAGGGAAUUUUUAUAUUUCAUCGAUAGAUAACACUAUUGACGGUGUGCAUUAAUAAAUGCAGGUACUUAGUACGUCUUGGUAGAGAUAUUCUCUGAGAAUUUGACCUUAGCCUAUUAAUGAACUAACUAACUAAAGGUAAAUUUUAAGUAAUAAUAAUACUACUAAUUUAAAAUAUUUUUGGAACCCCAGGCUUGAAGGUCCGUGGGGUAACUAGAUAACGUAUAUGCAAAAUCAGCUGUAGAGUGUGCCCUGGUAUUCCUUUCGGCAGGAGAGAAACCACGUGAAGCCUGCCAGACUGACCUGCUUUCCAAGAUAGGGUUUAGCUCUGCUGGCAGACAUCUGUGUUUGAACCUGCAGGUCUGAAACAAGCAGAGCUCCCGCUGAGCUUUGGAGUCAGACAGGUGCGUGGGGCACUUGCGGCAAUCUGCUGUGUACCCGAGACCUUCACCGGGGCACUGCUCUCUUCAGAAACAUCAGAAAAGUGAAUCUGGAAAAGUUCUUUUUUACCAACGAACGACUGAUGUGGAUGAAGCUACCUCAGUGCCCCAGGCUGCUUCAGCUGUGUUUGCGCAGUCCCCCAGCGGCUCCUUGCUCAUGGCCAGGCAGCAGCAGCACAAUUUCGGAGAUCCUCCCAGCAGGUAGAUGAUCACAGAGCAUUUUGUUAAAUGCCCUGAAUUAACGAGCACACGUAGAGCUCCAGUGACUCACACUGCCCUGCCUAGUACUCGGACACUGUUGUUGCUGAGGAAAUUCCCUUUUUCCCGUUGUUUUAGCACAUCCCUUUCUUAGCCAGGUUUUUCUCUGUAGCCCUCUAUCCUCUGCAGGAGAAAGGAGUCCGCACCCGUUUUUCACAGCCAGUUGCUCCCGCAGACUUUCUGCUGUUGGAUGGCAGUUCCCAGAGGCUGUGCCGGAGGAGUAAAUCCAAAACAUGUCCCGCUUACUGUCUUCAGUGGAAGUUUUGCCUGCACUGGGGCUACAGGACCAGACCUUCAGUUAGUUACAGGACUUCUCUUUUGUCUUAAAAUACUCUAUCUUUUAUACAAGGAGCUUCCUUAAAAUAUAAGUCUAAAAUCCUUACUUACGAAGCCUAGCUAAAUCCCAUCAGUACGACUCUUUUUAAGCGUAGUACAUUUUAGUUUUGCUUUGUCAAACGAUAAACUGCACUUCCAAAUAAUAUUGGUGCAAUUAACCUCAUUUCUUUUAUUGCUUUGUCUUGUCCAUGGCACUUGCAUUACAAAUAUAAAACUGAAAAAUAAAAUAAAAAUGAAAGAUUUCUUUAAAGUCUAACUACUGUAUGGUUUGUUACAAAACCAAACAUCAAAAGACUGUUUUCAAGAGAGGUUAGUUAUUUCUUUUUUCCUUUUCUUUUUUCUUUGCCAAACUAAUUUAAAGAUUAAUGCUAGAACUUAAAAAAAAAUGCCAUAUUUAGCUUUUUAUAUAUUUAUUUGUUUUAAAGUAUGUGGUAAACUUGAUAU